UCCACUUUUCUCUCCCACUAUUUUCUCUCUGCAAUAACUAUCACUGAAUCUAUUUCUUCUGCAAUAACUACCCACUUUGUUUUCUUUUUUUUUUUCAACAACAAAAAUUUUUCAUACGAGCAUGUGACUGCAGACUAGUUUUCUUUAAUUCAAACUCUUUUUUGUUCAAAUCCUGCUACUGCACUCGCUGCACUCAUACUCGUCAAGUUCUGCUACUAUACUUGUAUUCGUGUUCUGCUACUGCACUCAUCAUCGUCUAAUCCUGCUACUGCACUCGCUACACUCAUACUCAUCUAGUUCUGCUACUGCACUCGUACUCGUCCAAUUCUGCUACUGCACUCGUACUCGUCCAAUUCUGCUACUGCAUUCGUCCUCCUCCAAUUCUACUACUGCACACGAAAUGUUUAGACUUUGAGCUCAUGUAAAACCUCCACAAAGCCAUAAACCAAAAGCAAACCAGAAAACUAGUAUAUAAGCACUGCAAAUUGAACUUUCAAUUCCACAAAGCCAAACACACCCCAACUAAACUCUGAAAUUGACCAAUUUAUACACAAUGAUACAUAAACUGCAAGCAAAUCAAGCCAUUGCUAAAUGUAUGCAACAAAUUAAGAAACGACGCCAUAAGAGCACCGCCAUGAACCUGAAGAGCAGGAACUGCAAGAACGACAUAAAGUGCUACGCUUGGAGAAAUUGCGGAGAAUGGGCAAGGAGUUGGAUGGUUUGGGUUCGGAAGCGCUGUCUAAAGUUGCAGAGAUCUAGGUCGAGAGAAGAGCAGGCUAUGCACGAGAAUGAGAUUCUGCGCAGAAGGAUCUGAGGGAGAGCACCACCAUGAGACCGCCGGAGACGCGACUCUUCUGGCUGUAUGCAACAAAUCAAGCUAUUUCGAUGGCGCCGAGGCGGGAGAGUAUGGAAGCGGUGACGUCCUCCGGGAGCUCCAGCCAGUUCCGGUAGGUUCGAGUUUGGCGCCGGUAGGUUUGGUUGGAGGAUUUGCCCAUUGAUGAUGAGGCAAGGGUUUUGCUAACUCCAAAUUAGGGAUUAUGGGUGCAUUUGGGGGGGCUUUUUUGCUCCCCCGCUUAUAAGCACCUGAAGGUGAUCCGUUUGGUAAACCUACUUUUGCCUGGCUUUUCCCAGAAGCCAGUGCUUCUUUGGUCGAAAAGCAGAAGCAGGCAGCUGCUUUUCUCACUAUAGUUUAAUGAAAUUUUCGAAAUACCGGGAUAUAUCCUCUCUUCCUUUCAGCAAUUACACCACAAUGCCAUCUUUUCGCUUCGAUAAGGGUUUCAAAUCCAAUCUCCGAUAUGAGUACUUCUCCUAGUUUCAAGGGUGGCAGAGGCAAGCCCAAGGCCACCAUAUCCGUCUCCAGGUCCUCCAAGACCGGCCUCCAAUUUCACGUCGGCCGUAUCACUCUCUUCCUCAAAUCAGGCAAGUACGCCAAGCGAGUCGGCUGUCCUCAAGUAUCUCGCCGCUGAGGAAAAGAAAACGAAAUUGAAUUAGAUAUAGAACGAACCCGCUGCAUUCCUUGGUGUCCCCAUAUCCAGAUCGAUCAAUGUGUCUUAGCUCUGAAGCUGCAAUUUCUUCUGAGAAGAAAAAGAAGGGGAAGGGAGGCUCUUCUAGGAAAGCUAAUCCCAUUCCUGACUAUGUCCAUGUACACGAAUUCGUGUUUGUCCUCUCGGAGAAACUUGUGUGCUCUUUCGAAGGUCAUUUGGAUGCUGUACUGGACCUAUCAUGGUCCAGAGAUCAGCUAUUGCUUUCAUCUUCAAUGGACAAAACUGUUAGAUUAUGGGAUAUGGUGACCAAGAGUUGUUUAAAAAUGUUUGCCCACAAUGAUUAUGAGAACUUGAUUUUGACUGCAGACCAUAAAACAGUUAAACUUGCGGAUUUUGGCUUAGUAAGAGAGGAGUCAUUAACAGAAAUGAUGACUGCUGAAACUGGGACAAACCGGUGGAUAGCUCCUAAACUUUAUAGCACAGUUACAUUAAGACAUGGAGAGAAGAAGCAUUACAAUCAUAAGGUGGAUGCUUAUAGCAGCUUUGCAAUUGUAUUGUGGGAACUCAUUCAGAACAAGCUGCCCUUUGAAGACAUGUCAAAUCUGCAAGCAGCAUAUGCAGCUGCUUUUAAGAAUGUGAGGCCAAGUGCAGAAGACCUGCCAGAGGAUUUGGCUUUGAUAGUAACCUCAUGUUGGAAAGAGGAUCCAAAUGAUCGGCCCAACUUUAGCCAAAUUAUACAGAUGCUCAUGCAUUAUCUCUUUACUAUUUCACCGUCAAAACCCGCAAUCCCCCAACGGAUAUUCAGAUCUGAUAAUGCUAUACUGCCACCAGAGUGUCCCAGUACUAGUUCUUUGAUGGCUACACACAAUGAAACGAGCGAAACCCCUAAAGUAGACAUGGAAGAGAAGUCCAAAGGUUUUUUUCUUGUGCUUUAACAUGUGUUGUUGAUACUCAAAUAAACCAGAAUGCCAAGCCUCUAUGUGGUCUGCAGUCUGCGGGCUAUGUGGGAUAUAUAAUGCUUUGGCCUACUGCAUAGCUUGCAGAUGCUCAUGCAUUUUCAGGUCUCUUUGUACAAGUUUUAUGGCUGCAUGAUUUACUUGUGUUGGCUGUUUGCAGUUAAGUGUCAGCAUUGAUGUUCUUGGGAAAGAUACAUAUCAUUUUCAGCCUCACCAGAGAGAAGAAUAGAAUUAUCCUAGGUAUAUUCAGAAGGGAGACAUUGGAUUAAUGUUGCAAGAGUUUUAGGGUUCUUAUUUUAAUUAUAAAUUUUGGACUGAUUGGUUGUAAACAAGAAAUUGAGGAAUUUUUGGUGAAAUAUGAUAUGAUUUUUGAUA